CCGUCCAUCAUCAUCCACCCGUCCAUAUUUCUGUACCCCACUCACCAAUCCAACGUAUCUCGUUAUCCCACGUCAGCUUCUCCUUAUCACAAAACAAACAGCUCUCAUUCUUCCACGUGGCACUCACGAUGCGUUAUUACUAAUCAAUCCAACGACUCUCAUACUCUCACUCCAACCCCCCAAACCCUCUCCGGCGACUCAUCUCCGCCGUUAAUCCUUCAGAUCUUGAAUUCUCCGAUCAGCGAUGGCGGAUUCGGACAACGAGUCCGGCGGACAGAACGAGUUAUCGGCUCGAGAGCAGGACAGGUUCCUGCCGAUAGCUAACGUGAGCCGGAUAAUGAAAAAGGCGUUACCGGCGAACGCGAAGAUAUCGAAGGAGGCGAAGGAGACGGUCCAGGAGUGUGUGUCGGAGUUCAUAAGCUUCAUCACCGGAGAAGCAUCGGACAAGUGUCAGAGAGAGAAGCGGAAGACGAUCAACGGUGACGAUUUGCUGUGGGCGAUGACGACGUUAGGGUUUGAAGAGUAUGUGGAGCCGUUGAAGGUUUAUUUGGGGAAGUACAGGGAAAUGGAAGGGGAGAGGACAACCACCGUGGGUGGGAGGCAAGGGGACACUGCUGCUGGUGGUGAUUCCGGUGGUGGAUAUAACGACGGUGGUGGUGGUGGUUAUGGAGGGUUGCAGAGUGGUGGGAUGGGUCGGGUCGGGUAUAACCAGAUGUAUAAUUCGGGUUCGGUUUAUCACUUGGGGUUAGGGAGUCCCAAGGGUGGUGCCACUAGAUAGGUGAGGUGGUCUAGUCGUUAACAUGUGGAAUGAUUUGAGCAUUUGUCUUUGUUUUAAUUGUAUAGUAGCUAGCCAACCAUUGUAUUUUAUUAACCGUUAUACUAUAUAUUAACGAAUCCAAAUCAAACCCUAACUCACAUUCAUUCAAA